GUGCCGGGUGAGGCGGGGGUCGCGCCGCGGGCCGGGGCAGCAGCAAAAUGCUGCCAACCACUUCAGUUAAUUCUCGGAGCCAGGGCAACGGUGCACUGAGCCCCAGAGAUGCAGCAAGGCAUACAGCUGGGGCAAAACGCUACAAGUACCUGCGGAGGCUCUUCCACUUCCGACAGAUGGACUUUGAGUUUGCUCUUUGGCAGAUGCUUUACCUGUUUACUUCACCGCAGAGGGUUUAUAGGAACUUUCACUACAGAAAACAGACAAAGGACCAAUGGGCAAGAGAUGAUCCUGCUUUCUUAGUACUUCUCAGUAUCUGGCUCUGCGUGUCUACUGUAGGAUUUGGAUUUGUGCUGGACAUGGGUUUUUUUGAAACAAUAAAGCUGCUACUUUGGGUUGUAUUCAUAGACUGCGUAGGCGUUGGCCUCCUGAUUGCAACUCUAAUGUGGUUCAUUUCUAAUAAGUACUUGGUGAAGCAGCAGAACAGAGACUAUGAUGUGGAGUGGGGAUAUGCCUUUGAUGUUCAUCUGAAUGCUUUCUAUCCACUUCUAGUCAUUUUGCAUUUUAUCCAGCUGUUUUUCAUCAACUAUGUCAUCAUAUCUGAUUCUGUCAUUGGGUAUUUUGUUGGGAAUACAUUAUGGCUGAUUGCAAUCGGCUAUUACAUCUAUGUGACAUUCCUAGGAUACAGUGCACUGCCCUUUUUGAAGAACACAGCUAUUCUUUUGUAUCCGUUUGCACUUCUCAUCGUGCUCUAUUUGAUCUCAUUAGCAUGUGGAUGGAACUUCACCAAGAUGCUUUGUUCCUUUUAUAAAUACAGAGUGAAAUAAAACCAGGACUUCAUGUA